UGGAUUCGGAAACGGUGAAACUGUUUAACUCUGGGGGAGUUGUAAAAUGAGCCUAUAUCCAAAAAAAGUGGAGCGUCCCUUUAAGUUUGUUUGUCUAAAUAUAGUCAAAUAUCACAGUAUGUGAUAGAAAGAAAAAACUGCUAACUUUACAUGAAGAUGGUUAAAGUCAAAAUUUUCCAAGGGAAAUUCAGUAAUGUGAGUGAAUUUGUUUUAGAUGCAACACAUAGCAUUAUUGCAAACUGAGUAUCUCAGGUGAGACUUUGAAAGUUAAUGUUAUGUAACACAUUAAUCUUAAAAGUUAACAUAAAAUAAUAAAAAAAAUGUUCAUUUUGUAUGUGAGAAUUUUUAUCUUGAAAGUGAAUGUGAAAUACAAAAUCGUGGUUUCCCUGCAAGGUGAAAGUGAAGCCCCCUGGAGGGAGAUAGGACCAUAGGACAGGUAUGCUCAAUUACAGUGCACCAGUUCAACACGUAAAGGACGGACAAGGGCCGGGAAAUUUUACUAAAUCAUGACUGAAUUGCUACUACCUAUAAUAUGAACAAGUGCAAGUGGACUACAUUUAUAAAAAGUGAUUGUGGUUGAACAAUAAAUGUUAGCUUAUUUGACAAAGACUGCAGAACUCAGGGCUACGUGAGAAACGUCAUCGUCAGUCUAAGCCAAUCAGAGGUAGAGUUAGGGGGGUCGUACAGGCAGGAGCGUGAUCCAGUGUUUGGGCGGGAGUGGAUGCUAAUCCAAAUGUUCGGACUCUGAUAAUGGACCACAUUCAAAUGGUGGACUAUGUUAGACAGCAGCUGCUGGAACUGACAGAACAAACUGAGCAAGCCAUCGUUAGUACAGACUUUAUAUUAUACCGGGUUGACUGGCUGUUGGAAAGGAUAGGGCAGGUCUCAGCACUCACAAACUCUGCGUUUCCUCAAGAGUUUGUUUCUGCUUUGGAAUCAGUUCGACAGGCUAUCCAACUUGAAAUGACCACGGCAGCUGAAGGUGGAACCGCGUAUCGAAGUCAGACACGGGACGAACAUACAGGACCAGGACGCCCUGCAAUACCAAUAUCUAUUAAUGUCAUAUGCAAGUAUCUUGAGCUGCGCAUCCCUGUUAGUAAGAUAGCCCUUGCUUUAAGGGUGUCUGAAAAAACAAUAUGGAGAAGAAUGCGAGACCACGACAUAAGAAUUUCAGAUUUCUAUGUUGACAUGGCUGAUGCAGAACUUGAUAAGAUUAUUUGUGACAUUCAACACAUGUUCCCCAACUGUGGCUACAAAAUGGUUCAAGGACAUCUAAAUGGACUAGGCCUGAGGAUUCAAACAUUACGAGUUCAACGAUCCAUGAGGAGAAACGAUCCUCAAGGAGUAAUGGAGCGCUCAUUGAGUCUUCACACAGUGAGAAGAAGAUGCUACAGUGUGCCUGCUCCAAACAGCUUGUGGCACAUAGAUGGGAAUCAUAAAUUAAUCAGGUGGCGCAUAGUUAUCCAUGGUGGCAUUGAUGGCUUCAGCAGACUUGUGGUUUAUCUUGGUGCAUCCACAAACAACAGGGCUGAGACGGUCCUAAAUCUGUUCCAACAUGCUGUCACAAACUACGGAAUUCCAUCUCGUGUGCGGAGUGACAAAGGAGGUGAAAACAGAGAUGUUGCUACUUUCAUGUUGCACCACAGAGGAACCAAUCGAAACUCUCACAUUGCGGGACGCAGUGUCCAUAACCAAAGAAUCGAGAGGCUGUGGCGAGAUGUUUACAUCUGUGUGUUGGAUGUUUUCCAUUCCAUCUUCUCAUGUUUGGAAAGCAUGGGUUUGCUACAUCCAGACAACGAGCUCCACCUGUAUGCUCUCCACUGGGUCUUCAUACCUGUGAUCCAGUCCCAUCUCGACUUCUUUGUCCAGGGAUGGAACAACCACAGCAUCCGAACUGCCAGGAAUAUGUCUCCCCUGCAAAUGUGGCAUGUGUUCAGGAACAGUGAAGAUAUCAUGCAGGUCAGUGAAGAAUAUGGGACUGACUGGAGUGGACCAAGUGCAGCAGGGGUGGACACUCAUCUUGACAUUCCAGAGACUGAGCUUCCAAGGCAGCUUACUGAAGCAGACUUUGCCCUUUUACCUCAACCAAGCACAGAGCAACGUGACUACGGUGUUCAACUUUAUUGUGAAACUGUGGAAGUAUUGUCUAGAUUAUUUUAAGGAGAACCAGGGCAUGUCCAAGAUACAGCACAUCUACAGUAAUUCAGCCCCCCAACAGACCGGAAGACUUUGUCUUUGACAAACUACCCUUCUCCUUGUAGUCCUCUCCUGACAAAAUGCAUAUAUAUAUGCUCACAGAAGACAAGACACCGAACAUUUUUGAUAAAAAGGGAAGUCCUUGAUUGAGAUUAAUUAACUGUAACAUGCCUGUAUUUUGCUUUACUAGACUACUUGUAUUAUGCAACAAAAAAGAAAGACAAUAAAGUGUUAGUUACUAGUCAAGAUUUUUAUGGGGGAAAUCAGGCACCACAACAAUAAUUACAGGGAGAACAGAAAAGUACAGAAGGUAAUUUAAAGAUAUAACAAACAAAAUAAAUUCAUGUAAUUAUAGGUCUGUGGCGAGUGGGGCGGGGCCGAGAGGCGUGGGGAACGAGGAGUGAGGCCAGGUGUAGUGAUUGGAGAUGAGCUGCACCUGAGCCCCA